CUCCCUAGCACAGGGUUGGAAAUUUUGUCCUUCCUGAUCCCUGACAUCAGUCAGGAGAAGACUGGCAAAGGGUGAGGGAGGCGGCUGUCACACAUUCCAGAUACCCCUCUAUUUAAAACUCUAGGCAGGUCUGGAUGACAAUAAGCAAGCAGUCAGACCUCGCCUCGUACAAACCGUUUGGCACCCAGGAGAAUGGCUGAAAAAGAAUCCACAGCUUCCAACUUACUCAUCCCUCUUCUUCUCCUGAUUGGCUGGAUUGUGGGCUGUGUCAUAAUGGUUUAUGUGAUCUUCUCUUGACAGAAG